AUGCAUUGCUGUUCAUACCUGUUUCAGUCUAUUCGUAUCUAUCCAUCUAUCUAUCUAUCUAUCUAUCUAUCUAUCUAUCUGUCUAUCUAUCUAUCUUUUCAUCUCUUUCUAUGUAUCUAUCUUGGUCUGUUCAUAUCGAUCUACCUUUUUAUUUCUACAUGUAUCUAUCUCUUUCAGUUGAAAUCGGUCCACAAUGUUCAGAGACUGUUGUGGAAAAUAGAAUGCAUAUACAAACCCUUCAUUUUAUUUCAUCUAUCUAUCUAUCUAUCUAUCUAUCUAUCUAUCUAUCGCUGUCUUUUAAUCUGUUCUCUCUCUCUCUCUCUCUAUCUAUCUAUCUAUCUAUCUAUCUAUGUAUCUAAUUUCCUACCAAUAUCUAUCUAUCUAUCUAUCUAUCUAUCUAUCUAUCUAUCUAUUACUUCGAAGAAAGAGAUUAUUCUUCUUCUUAUUAUUAUUAUUAUUAUUUCUCCCCCUUUUCUUUUUCAUUUUGUUCUCUUCGCAUCUUUCUUUUUCUUCACGAUUUCUCUCUUUUCAUUCUUAUUCUCCACAUAUUCCCACUUAACACCUCCCUUCUCCUCCUCCUCCUACUCCUCCUCCUCCUUCUUCUUCGUCUUCAUUUUCUCUACGCCUGCCGUCUUCUUUUUCUACUUCUCAUGCUUUACUGUUUCCUUUCAUUCUUAUUCCUCUCCUCCUCCUCCUCCUCCUCCUUCGUCGUUUUAUUCUUCUUCUCAUUAUUAUUAUUAUUAUUAUUCUCAUCGUGUUUCCUGUUUUCUUUUUCAGUUAUUCUCAUCACGUCUUUCUUUUCACCUUCUCUCUCUUUUAGUCUUAUUCCUCACAUCUCUUUUCACUGCGUAUCUCUACGUCUCCCUUCUUCUUCCUCUCGCUUUUUCAUCCCGUCCUAAUCUCGUGAGACGAUGUCUCCACCUUCUUUUAUCUGUCUAG